UUUUGUUUACCAUCUUCCCUCUCUCUUGGAUUCACGUGGCGCGUGCCGCGUCUGCGCUGCUCUUUUCAUUUUGCCUCCUUGCUCUCCCGUUGUCGCCUCUCCCGUUAACCGCUAUGCUUUUCGUCCUGCCAUUCGGCUAUUACGUCCUUUGCUGCUCAACAGUUUCCUGCCAACGUCCCGUUACGACACAGCGUUACGUUAUCCCAAUCAGAAUCACGGGAUAGCGAAAGGAGCGACGGAAUAGGCCUUUAAAUAGGUUUUAAUUCAACCACCUGCAACUGUUAAUCCAAGGAUAAUCGAACAAUAGGCCCCCUCCCCGCGCCCAUCGCUCCCCUUUGUUGGACUCCCUGACUUCGCUGUUUGUUUAAGUGCGACUUCAAUUUUUCGCGAGUGUUUGCUUCGGUUAUAUAAGUGAGAUUUCAGCGAGCAACAAAAAAGCCAGUCUAAAAGGAUAUAACUCGCUUAGAGAAGGGCACAUACAAAAAAAGCAGCCUGCGGCACUGCGAUGGCGUCUACUACUAAUGCACCGUUAUCACCUGCAAUUAAGCACUAACAAAAGCACUAAGCCAUAGAAAAAAAAAAACAAUAAAAGCCAGAAAUAAGCUCAAAGUAAACUGAACGCACAGCAAGGGGAUAAUAAUAAUGCGCGAUUUAUACAGCCACCUAAAAAAGUAUGUUACGAAAAAUGUCCAGUGAGUUGCUAGUUACCCUAACGCAACACUAGGUGGCGCCGAGGAAAGUGAAAUCAGCGGACAAUUCGAGAAGCGGAAGCACUUUUAGGCAACCACACACACCCGCACAGCACCCACUCGUACACCUAUAAUACCCUGUAAUAAAUUGAAAUUAUAAUAAUAAAACACAAUCAUGGCCAACACAGCUCAGCUAUUGCGGCGCCAAAGCUCCCGGGAUAUAAUCCUCAAAAGCCAGAAGAGCAUCGAUCAGCUGGAAUUGAGGGAACUCCGAGGUCGCCUGGUGUCAAAGGAGCAUGGCGUCAGCCACCACCACCACACAUCACUGCACCACCAGCCGCUCUAUGGGGCCACCAACCAGGGCUUCAUGUCCGACGCCUUCGACGAGUCCUCGGAACUGGAACAGGAUCCGCCGCCCUUCGGAUCCGAGGCUAGCACUUCGAAGGCCAAGGCCGAACUGGUGGCCAUUGCGACUGCCUCUGCGGAUCAGCAGGACAUCGUCGAGGGCGAGAAGGAGGGCGAGGAGCGGGAGAGUUGGGACAGCAAGAUCAUGUUCCUGCUGGCCACCAUUGGCUAUGCCGUUGGCCUGGGAAAUGUGUGGCGUUUUCCCUAUUUGGCCCAGAAGAAUGGCGGCGGUGCCUUCCUGGUGCCCUACUUCAUAAUGCUGUGCAUCCAGGGCAUACCGAUCUUCUACCUGGAACUGGCGAUUGGCCAGCGACUGCGAAAAGGAGCCAUCGGCGUUUGGAGCCAGGUGUCGCCGUAUCUGGGCGGCAUCGGGAUCUCAUCAGCGGUGGUCAGCUAUAUAGUGGCGCUGUACUAUAACACCAUAAUAGCCUGGUGCCUGAUCUAUCUGCUACACAGUUUCGAAUCGCCAUUGCCUUGGGCGGACUGUCCGACGAGGCUGUAUAAGAACUUUACCUACGACCACGAGCCGGAGUGCGUGGCCUCCUCUCCGACGCAGUUCUACUGGUAUCGCACCACACUGCAGUGCUCGGAGAGUGUGGAUAUGCCGGAGAACUUCAAUUACCACAUGGCCAUUGCGCUAAUCGUCUCCUGGUUCUUGGUCUACAUCUGCAUGGUCCAGGGCAUCACGUCAUCCGGCAAGAUCGUCUAUAUGACGGCCAUAUUCCCCUAUGUGGUGCUCAUAAUAUUUUUUUUUCGGGGCAUCACCUUAAAGGGAGCUGCAGAUGGGGUGGCACAUUUGUUUACCCCUCGAUGGGAAACUCUAUUGGAUCCAGUCGUUUGGCUGGAGGCCGGCACCCAGAUCUUCUUCUCGCUGGGAUUGGCCUUUGGCGGUCUGAUAGCCUUCAGUUCGUACAAUCCGGCGAAUAAUAACUGCUACAGGGACGCCAUACUCGUAUCGCUCACCAAUUGUGGCACCUCCAUGUUCGCCGGAGUGGUGGUAUUCUCUGUCAUCGGCUUUAAGGCCACGGCGACCUUUGAUCGCUGCACUGAGGAGCGUAAUGGGCUGCUGGCCCAGAACAAGACGCACAACCUGCCUGUCUGCGAUCUUCAAACGGAACUGGCCAAUGUGAGUUACCUUUCUCUCUCUAUAUAUAUAUAUAUAUAUAUAUAUAUAUAUUUACUAUUUCAGAGUGCUUCAGGAACAGGUCUGGCCUUCAUCAUCUUCACGGAGGCGAUCAAUCAGUUUCCGGGGGCUCAACUCUGGGCCGUCCUAUUUUUUCUGAUGCUCUUUACCCUGGGAAUCGACUCGCAAUUCGGGACACUGGAGGGCGUGGUCACAUCCCUGGUGGAUAUGAAACUUUUUCCCAACCUGCCCAAGGAAUAUAUAGUGGGGGCACUCUGCUUUUCCUGCUGCACGAUCUCCAUGUGCUUUGCCAAUGGUGCUGGGAGCUAUAUAUUUCAGUUGAUGGACAGCUUCGCAGGCAAUUUCCCGCUGCUGAUCAUUGCGCUCUUCGAGUGCCUUUCGAUCAGCUACAUAUACGGGGUACGCCGGUUCUCGGACGAUAUUGAGAUGAUGACCGGAUCGCGGCCGAAUUUCUACUGGAUGUUCUGCUGGAAAUACCUAUCGCCCUGUGCGAUGGUCACCAUCCUGCUGGCCUCGUUCUAUCAACUUUUGACCGAGGGCAGUAGCUAUCCUGCCUGGAUUGGAUCAAAGGGAGCCACUGAGGGCAUGGAGUGGCCCCACUGGUGCAUCGUCGUGGCCUUCUUCCUCAUACUCUCAUCCAUUCUGUGGAUACCGAUUGUGGCGGUGCUGCGUCUGUGCGGAAUCAAGGUGGUGGAGGACUCGGACCCCGCCUGGUUUCCCGAAGCGGAGCUAAGGGAAGUCCACGGCAUCGUGCCACACGAGCCAACCGAACUGGAGCGCAGCAUUUUCUGCUUCAACAUGGACGGUACGGAGGGCAUGUGCUGCCCCAAGUACGGACUACCCGAGAAGUCGCUGGAAGAGGAGGAGUAGACAGGAGUAGGAGUACCAAAGAAAAGUAGACAACAACGACAAUAAAACCAGAUGAAUUCUUGAGCGAACCCAGACCGAACAUAGAUACGGAUGAUGAAAUAUAUAAUGAAUCUCGAUGUAAAUAUGGACAAUAAGUAAGCACUCACCGAUGUUAGGCGGCGUCGAUAUCAAAACACUCCUAUAUGGUCCCAAAGACUGUUUGAAGAUAAAGCGAAAAAAAAAGAAACAAAACCGAAAAACUAUAAUGCAAAGCAACCACAACAAGGAAAAUGAAAAUAGGAAAAUAGCAAUACUAGGUAAAACUCGACGCUGGAUGCGCGGUUUCAUGCAAGCAGAAAGCUAUAGAAAAGCAUUAUCAUGGUAAAAAAAGGCCGAAAUCAAUGGAAAUAUUUCCGCAUAACUUCAUUAGCAUGUGGCCAUAUAUAUACGCGAUUAUUGUUUUCCAUUGCCUUUCUUCUUUCGGUUGGUUUUUCGAAAAGGGCAGAGAGAGCGUAGAGUUGUUAUAUGGCAUAUGGCCACCCUUAUAGGGUCUACAUAUCCGAUUUCGCUAUCAAAGAGAAAACGUACAAUUUGCCACAAACACAAUUUGCUGACUAUAUACGAUAUAUACAUAUAUGAUAACUAUAUUCGAUAACUACGCUGUAUUCUAGACCUAAUUCUUUGAUUUGACCAUAUCAUGCGAGGGACAUCGGGGCACCACCUAUAUAAGAGAUAUAUAACUAUACAGUGACUAUACCAACCACAGUUCAUUCUCUGUUGUGAUCAGCUCGGCUUUCUGUGUUUAAUCCGCUCGCUCGCGUAGGCGGCAUCACGAAAUCAUAUCACAUUCGAAACUAUGCUUAAAACCUAAAAACCACUUUAAAGUCUCAGUGUUUUAGAUAAUUGAUGGGGCAGAUAUGUAUCUUGGAAUAUGUUUUACUGGAGCUCUAAUCGAAAGUUAUACGAAUAAAAUUACUUGUUGGUAACCGUUAUCAUCGCCACACUCCUCCAUUGUACUUACGGCCUAUAGGUAUAUCUGUAGUUAUACACAUUACAUUAUAAAUUUACAUUAAAAGAAACAUUAACAAAUCGCAAACGCAACCGUUCAAAUAGGUGGAAAGGGAACCCUAUAAAGAUAUACAUAUACAUAACUGGAGAUGGCAGCUUAAGGUUUAACGACUCAUUAUAGCAUUGAAGAACUAUUAUUAUACAAAUUAACGAAUAUAUAUACAUAUAUUUAUGUGUUUUGAAAUGCAGCUAAUGGGUGCGUGAAUUCGUUUUGAAGCACAGUUCUGGACACUUCUGGGCAUUUUUAGAAUCGAUCAAAAACAACUUGAAAAUAAAUUCACUCCUCCAUGCAGCAAGGGAUUGCACUGUAUUAUAAGUUAUCUAUUUCUUUAUGGUAUAUUUAUACAUAUACAUCGAUAUAUUAUACACAUCUAUUUAGAUCGAAAGGAAAACAUAUAUUAUACAUGUAUUUAAUGUUAUUGAUGUUGACAAUAAAGGAACCCCUACGAAACGAGUUUUAAACCAAAACGAAGGAGAUCAGAUAUAUGGGCGACCUUCGACUACCCGCAAAGAAUACGCAGAUGGAACACCCAGUUUGCCAAACUAGCAAAUGAAUAGUAAUAUAUUUACGAUAAACAAUAAAAAUCACAUUGCUAAAAGAA